AUGGCAGACAUUUUCGAUGAUGAUUUUUUCAGCAUUGAUCAAAUGCUAAAUGAUGAAGGUAAUAUGGAAGACAGUGAUUCAAGCACCAUUGAAGGAACUCACAACAUUGAAGACAAUGUGUUACAUGAAGAAGCAAUGCAACAUCUCAAAGGCAAGAAACAGCUUACUGUUUCCCAAAAAAGAGAAACUGUUGAUGCUAUUCUGUUGAAGCUGGAAGGUAGGGAAUUGCCAAGAGGGUUUUCAACACAGCAAGCAGUCAACUUCAAUGUACACAGGUCAACAAUUCAGAGGUUAUUCAAAGACAUAAAAUCCCAAAUGGCAGUGGGGAAUGUGAUAGAUGUCAGAAGCAAGAAGCUUGGCAAAACUGGACCCAAACCAACAGAGUACACAGAUGAGUUUUUACAAUCAGCCCCUUUGUACAAAAGGACAAUUGAGAGAAGCUAUGGAGCUGCUCUCAAAAUCUCACAUGUCACCAUUCACAAGUUAAAGAAAAAAAGGAGGCUGAGAACACAUACAAGCACAAAUCACCCAACUCUGACAUCCAACCACACGAUAGCAAGACUAAAAUGGGUUUUAAGUCAUCUACUGCCUGCUGCAGUGAAUGCUAACCCUAAGUUUGAGGAUAUGCAGCAAGUCAUACACAUAGAUGAAAAAUGGUUCUACUUGAACCCAGAAACAAGGAGGUUCUAUUUCCUGCCAAAUGAACCAAAUCCAUACAGGUGCCAAUAG